GUUUAUUUUAAUAAAAACUUUAAACAAAAAAAUGAAAAAAAUAUUAAAAAAAAAAUCGAAACACCUAAUUUACGGCCGAAAAAAAUAGUGAAAUAAAUUUUUAAUCAGAAUUUUUAGUCAUUUAAUAAAAAUUCGUCCGAAACUAACUUUCUCCUCCUAAGUCUUAAUAAAUUUUACUUUUUAGAAAACUUAGAUAGAUAGAUAGAUAGAUUUUUUUCCAUUUCUUUAAAUUUCUGAAAUAUUUUUCACCGGAAAGACAUUUUCAUCUGUUAUAUGUAGCGACAUAAUAAUCUGGCAGUUAUGAUCAAGUUUAAAUUCUUUCGAGAUAUCUAGCUGGUUUGUUGGUUUUUCCACGCCUAACCUAACAACCUUAAGAAGUCGUGGUUAAUGAAGUUUGCCGGAUUUUGGUGAUUCAUUAGUCAAUUAGUAAAAUGGCCGAGUCCAAUCGAGAUGCGCCUUUGUGUCCCUGUGGUUUCUGGGGAUCUGUCCAGACAUCUGGGUUAUGUUCAAAGUGCUAUAAAGAAAUGCUUAUGAAGCAAGAGUGCUCUGGAUGUUCGUUGCACAAUUCUUCAAACAAUGGUAGUAGUACUUCAGUCACAGACAACUCGAAAACUCAACAACAAGUGACCCAGAAAAUGUCUGAGAACUUUGACCUAAUUUUUUCAUCCAAUCACCAUAACAACAAGCCCCAGGCCAAUAGGAAUCCAUCAAGCUUGGAUGUUGCAGCAGUUGAGGAUGAGGUUGACCUCAACACUGCUGAUGCUGAUGUCAUUACCUCUGAGAUGCCUGCCCUAACCAUGCCAACAACAACACCAGCAAUAUCAGUAACGAGAGUAGAGCCAACAACACUGACUUCAUUAAACAACAACAUCACAUCACCAGCAACAACACCAGCCACAACACAGCCGCCAGCGCCACCAAUAACAAUUGUAGCACCAACGGCAGCCACACCAACACCGUCUUCUUCGAAGGCGGCUGCGGUAGCAGCAGCUACAGCAGAUCAACAAAAUUCAGAAUCACCGAUCGGAAAUCAUCCUCGAACUAGCAUUUCCCUAAUCAGUACGGCCGCCCUGCCAAGUUAUGCUCUCUCCCCUAGUUCCUCGUCCGUACCGUCGCUUGCUGCGUACACAGAGGCUGGUGGUAGCAACACCGAUACGAGCACUGUUGCUACGACCCAAACUUCCAAUACAACGGACUCCAACCUCAGUCGGCCCGCACAGAGAAAUAGGAAGAGAUGCUUCAAGUGUAACUAUUAUGUCUUCUGCGACCUGCACAGACUUCCGGAGCAACACGACUGCACCUAUGACCACAAGACUGAAGGCCGUCAGGAUGCACGAAACAAAAUGGUCAGCCCGAAGAAGCACAUGGGCACUACUCUGAAGAGACUGGACUCUUAAAAUUUAUUAUUAUUAUUUCAUUAUUAUUUUAUUAUCAUUAUUAUUUUAUUAUUAUUACUAUUUCAUUAUUAUUAUUAUUAUUGUUUUUGAUAGAGUUUAACAUUAUGAAAAAAUUAGUCCUCUUAUAUUCUAUAUUUUGUUUAUUAAUAUACAUACAUACAUAUACACAUACAUACAUACAUACAAACAUAUAAAAUGUAUACAAUUACAAUGUUUUAUGAAUUUUAUGAACGCUUAUAUUGAAAAAAAACAUUUGUUUCCUGAAAAAAUUGUUGAUGAUUGUUGGAUGGUUGAUGUUAAUGUUAUUGCUGUCAUUGUGGAUUUUGGCGACGUAUUUCGCUGUUAUAGAUUGUUGUUUUGUUGUUAAUGGUGAUGUAUCUAUCUCUCUCUUUCUUUUUCUCUCUCUCUUUCUUUUUCUCUCUCUUUCUCUGCUCGAUAAAUUGUAUUUGGAUGUAUGUAUGUAUAUUUAUAUAUAUGUAUGGAUAUAUAUAUAUAUAUUUAUAUACGAUUUUUAUCAUGGUAGUAUUUUUUGCGUUCUUACUAGCGUUUUUAUAGUAUAGACAUCACCUAUUUUUGAAUGAAUAAUAAAAUAAAUGAUUAAAUAAAUGAUUAAAUAAAUAGUUAAAUAAAUAACUAAAUAAAUAAUCAAUUAUAUAAUUAAAUAAAUAACUAAAUAAAUAUGUAUGUAUGGUGACUGAUGGUGCAAUGAUAAGGUGCAGUCACCGAAUUCUAUUGCAGGGAAUUCCGCAUCUAUAUCCUACAAUCUGUGUGUGUGUGUACGUGUGUGUGUGUGGUUUGCACGUGUAUUAUUUUAUGUACUAUUUACACACACGAUGUAUGUUUGUUGCCGAUACCCCUGAAGAAUAUCGUAGAGAAGAACUUAAUAAAAUAAUGCUAUCAAUAAUUAUUACCGUCAUAAUAAUAUUGUAGUAAUUAUUUUUGUUGCUAUUGAUUUAUUUAUUUAUUAUAGUUAUAAUUAAUUGAUUGAUUGAUUUGCUAUUUGGUUUGAAAAAAUAUUUACUUAAAUUCAAUAUGCCUUAUGUAUAUAGUUGAGAAAGUCACACACACACAUUUAUAUUAUAUAUAUAUAUAAUAUAUAUAUAUUUACAUUCAUUUGUUCGUUCAUUCAUUCAUUUAUUCAUUUUUUCUUCCAUCUAUCCAUUCAUUCAUUCACUUCAUGUUUUCAAAUACAGAGGCUGUGAAUUUCAUGCACCCUCUUGGGUUGUAAAGAUGCUAUUUAAAUGAGCCAUAUUACUUGUCGUUGAUGGGUUUGUUUAUUAUUAUUAUUAUUAUGUGUUAUAAGGAUUAUAAUAAUAAUAA